UUGGCAACACUGCCAGGAGGACAACAACACACACCACGCGCCGCACCGCGAAGCCUGCCUAGCCAGCCCCCGCACCCACGGGCCACCUCCACACCCUCAGCCCCAGCACUGCCUGCCAAGCCUAUUUUCUGCUGUCCCUCUGAAAGCGUCCAGGAGGAGUGUGGUGUUGGCAGUGGCCGCGGCGGGCAGUGCGAGGUACUCAAGGCAGGGCUCCCGGCGUGGCGGUGUGUCUGCUGCUGCCAUGCCGCCCACCAGCUAACGGAGGCACCCGCGUGUGUUCCCCGGUGCAAACAGCCGCGUACACGGCCCCUUGCAUAGCCCCGCACACGCACACAAGGGCCCCACCACCAUGAUUCUGGACGUGGAUGGCAUGCGGGUGUUCUUCCCGUAUGACUUCAUCUAUCCUGAGCAGUACUCCUACAUGCUGGACCUCAAGCGUGCCCUCGAUGCCAAGGGCCACUGCUUACUGGAGAUGCCUUCAGGAACUGGGAAGACCAUCUCCCUCCUCUCCCUCACAGUCUCCUACCUCCUUGCCUUCCCCCAGACACUCACCAAACUUAUCUACUGCACCAGAACCAUUCCGGAGAUCGAAAAGGUUAUUGAGGAGCUGCGCAAGCUGAAGGCUUACAUAGAGAAGGAGACGGGUGAGCCAUCCAACCUUGUUGGUGUCGGGCUGGCUUCCCGCAAGCACCUGUGCAUCAACCCUGAGGUGAACAAAGCACGAGACUCCAAGCUGAUAGACAGUGGUUGCCAUGCCCUCACUGCCUCCUACGUGCGGUCCAGGGCACAGCGGGAUGACACAAUACCCCAGUGUGAAUAUUUUGAAAAAUUUGACCUCCAUGGGCGCGAGUUCCCCCUACCAGCUGGCUGCUAUAACAUGGAUGAUCUACGGGAGUUUGGUCACCAGAAAGGGUGGUGUCCUUACUUCUUGGCCCGGCAUGCUGUAGUUAAUGCUAAUAUUGUGGUGUACAGCUACCAUUACCUCCUGGACCCCAAGAUUUCUGAUAUAGUGUCCAAGGAAAUGAAGCGUGAGGCGUGUGUGGUGUUUGACGAGGCUCACAACAUUGAUAACAUUUGUGUGGACUCAAUGAGCAUCAACAUCAACCGCAGGAUCUUAGACAAGGCCAAGACCAGCAUCACUCACCUCAACGAACACAUACAAAGGGUGAAGGUGUCAGACAGCAACAGAUUACAGGAGGAGUACAACAGGCUGGUGGCAGGGCUCAGACAAGCAGCAUCCCAGCAGGACCUUGUUGCCAACCCUGUGCUUCCCAAAGACAUACUUGAAGAAAACAUUCCGGGCAACAUUCGGAUGGCAGAUUACUUCAUUGCCUUCAUGCGACGGCUCGUUGACUUCCUCAAGAUGCGACUGACUGUCACCCAUGCAGUCCAGGAGUCACCCGCCGGCAUGCUGAAGGACCUGCGCAACCGUGCCUUCAUUGACCGCAAGCCUCUCAGGUUCUGUUCUGAGCGUCUUGCAUCAAUCAUCCGCUCGUUGGAAUUGACAGACAUCAGUGACCUGGCUCCUCUUGUUUCUGUGGCCAACUUUGCAACACUAGUCUCUACUUACCUGCAGGGGUUUGCCAUCAUCAUUGAACCCUUCGAGGACAAGGCGCCAAACAUACCCAACCCAAUCCUGUACCUGAGGUGCCUCGACUCAUCCAUUGCCAUCAAGCCAGUGUUCACCAAGUUUCAGACGGUUGUGAUCACCUCAGGGACUCUCUCACCCCUGGACAUGUACCCCAAGAUCCUGGACUUCCAUCCCGUCAUUCAGAGCUCCUUCACCAUGACCCUUGCACGACCCUGCAUCUUGCCCAUGAUUGUGACGAAGGGCAAUGAUCAGGUGUCCAUCUCGUCCAAGUUUGAGUCUCGUGAUGACCCGGCGGUGGUGAGGAAUUAUGGGAAGCUGCUGGUGGAGAUGGCACGCUGUGUGCCUGAUGGUAUGGUGUGUUUCUUCACUUCAUACUUGUACUUGGAAAGUGUUGUGGCUACUUGGUAUGACCACGGCAUCAUCAGUGACCUUCAGAGGCACAAGCUGGUGUUCAUAGAAACUCAGGAUGAUGCAGAGACCUCCCUGGCCCUCAUCAACUACAUGAAGGCCUGUGACAGAGGGCGGGGCGGUCUGCUGCUGGCUGUGGCGAGAGGGAAAGUGUCUGAGGGGAUUGAUUUUGACCACCACUACGGCCGCUGUGUCAUCAUGAUGGGGAUUCCCUUCAUGUACACCCAGAGCAGGAUACUGAAGGCCAGGCUCGAGUACCUCAGGGACCAAUUCAAUAUCCGAGAGAAUGAUUUUCUCACUUUCGAUGCCAUGAGGCAUGCGGCACAGUGUGUUGGGCGGGUAAUGCGAGGCAAGACAGACUACGGCAUCAUGCUCUUUGCUGACCAGAGGUUUUCAAGGUCAGACAAGCGGAGCAAACUACCACGCUGGAUCCAGGAGUACCUCUUGGACAGCAAGUGUAACCUGUCCACCGAAGAGGCUGUGCAGAUCACACGGCCGUGGCUGAGACAGAUGGCCCAGCCCUUCACACGGGAUGAUCAGCUUGGUGUUUCCUUGUUGACCCUGGAGCAGCUGACCACUGACGAGAACAUUGCCCAAGUACAGCGGCGGGCGCAGAUCACACUAUAACACCAGUGGGGCAGAGUGUGGCUCCGUGGUCACAUCUGGGCUCCUGUUUUGCAGUUUGCCGAGGUAGAGAUUAGGACAGGUGUGCAACAUGGCUAGUCUGGAAGGCAAAAACAUGAGUGAUGUACUUUCAGAGAUGUGCAGUGCUAUUGUGAGAGUAUUUUCCAGUCACUGGUGGGGAUGAUCCAGCUUAAGUGAAUGGACUAUAUUAGCAAACUAACAUUCAGUGCAGGUACACAUUCUAUCUAAGGAGCAAGUCUUUGUUUCAUUACAGAGGUUUGUGAUGCUGCAGCAGUAGGUGUCUGUGUUCUGUGAGGGAGGAUUUAGCUGAUGUUAGCAGGGCAGAGGAUGAUGGUAAGGUCAGGGUGGAGUUGCACCUAAGUUAAUGAUAAAGCUGGAUUUCUACCAAACUAGUAUAAUUACUGUCAGCAGAGCCAUGGAAACGGAGAGUUUGGCCACCCACUUCCUAGAUGCCAUAUUUCUUGCCUGCAACACAAGCUACUGUUAAUUCAAAGACUAAUAUUUUUGUAUUUUGGUGAUGAGCUUGUAUUCAGGCAUAAAUACUGGUUUGGAGGCAGUGAGCUUGAGCAGGUUAGAGGCAGGAAGGUGUCUAGGGAGUGUAUGGCCAAGGUCCCUAUCUACACCUCUUAAAACCCAUAUUCCUCAGGCUGAAAAUUUAUACCUACAGAUCGGGUUGAGAGUUAUAAUAGCUACACUGGGAAGGUAUUGGUGUGUCAGUUGAGUAUAUCUCAGUACCAUGUAAUAGGCAAAACAGGAUCAGGAGUAGAGCCACACAUUCAGGAGGAUUAUAAUAAAGUAUUACCAUUAUUAA